UAUAUACAUCAUCUAUGUAUAAUCUAUAUGUAUAUAUUGGUAUGUUGCUAGCUAUCAAGGAUGGAAAUUCAACCCCUCUUUCUGUCUCUAACCUCACUCUUCUGUCUCUUCGUCCUCUUUCCACACUCAACAGCUGCUGCACCUAUUAGAAUUUGCUAUGGCCGAGUGGCCAACAACCUCCCUCCGCCCUCCACCGCCGUCAACCUCCUCAAAUCAAAUGGAAUCACCACCGUCCGCCUCUUCAACACCGAUCCCGAUACGCUCACAUCAUUCUCCGGCACCGGCAUCUCCCUCAUGAUCGGAGUCCCCAACGAACUCCUCCCUUCCCUCGCCACCACCACCAUAGACCCCUCUCUCCAAUGGCUCCAAUCCAACAUCUUCUCCCACAUCUCCCCCACCCAAAUCAAGUACAUUGCCGUAGGCAACGAAAUCCUCCUCAAAGACCCAUUUUACACACCCUAUUUAGUCCCUGCCAUAAACAAUCUAUACAUAGCUCUUCAAACUUUGGGUUUAUCAGACACAAUCAAGCUCUCAACAUCUCACGCAGCUUCGAUUUUGAUGAAUUCAUACCCUCCCUCGGCCUCAACUUUCGACCCAAAUCACCAAUCAAUAAUGGGUCCAUUGCUGCAAUUUUUGAAGGAUACUGGGUCGCCAUUGAUGGUCAAUGUGUACCCAUUUUUCAGCUUCCCAAACAACCCACAAUUCGUAUCGCUAGACUAUGCUCUGUUUCGGGGAAGGAUCAUAGAGAUUGAUCAGAACUUGGUUUAUGAUAAUUUAUUCGAUGCGACGAUUGAUGCGUUUGUGUAUGCGAUGGAGAGAGAAGGGUUUGAGGGGAUUCCGGUGGUGGUGGCUGAGACGGGGUGGCCGACUGGUGGCGGAGAGGCGGCGAGUGGUGAGAAUGCAUUGGCUUAUAAUGGGAAUGUGGUGAGGAGAGCUUUGAACGAUGUGGGGACUCCAAAGAGGCCUGGGCUUGGAGUAGAAGUGUUUUUGUUUGAUUUGUUUGAUGAGAAUGAGAAAGAUGAGGGAGAGUGUGAGAAGCAUUUUGGGAUUUUUGGACUUGAUGGGGUUGAGGCCUAUGACCUUAAUUUUAACUAA